AUGUCUCUCUCCGGAAUGGCUCUUCGCAGACUUAUCACAAAGGGAGUUAUCCCGGUGUGUCAGGUCGCUCCACUUUCCACAUCUGCAGAUGGCUCCACCAACUUGAAGGAGGUUCUCUCCAAGAAAAUUCCAGCCCAUAACGCCAAAGUGAAGUCAUUCCGUGCUGAGCAUGGAAACACCGUCGUUCAAAGCGUCAACAUCGACAUGAUCUACGGAGGAAUGAGAAGUAUGAAGGGAAUGGUCACUGAAACAUCCGUUCUUGAUCCAGAGGAGGGAAUUCGAUUCCGUGGGUACUCCAUUCCAGAAUGCCAAAAGCUCCUUCCAAAGGCCAAGGGAGGAGAAGAACCACUUCCAGAAGCUAUUUGGUGGCUUUUGUGUACAGGAGAUGUCCCAACCGAAGCACAGACCGCGGCGAUUACCAAGGAAUGGAACGCUCGUGCCGACCUUCCAACCCACGUUGUCCGCAUGCUCGACAACUUCCCAGAUAACCUCCACCCAAUGGCACAAUUCAUUGCCGCCAUCGCUGCUUUGAACAAUGAAAGCAAGUUUGCUGGAGCUUAUGCUAGAGGAGUCGCCAAGGCUUCUUACUGGGAGUACGCUUAUGAGGACUCGAUGGAUCUCCUCGCAAAGUUGCCAACUGUUGCCGCUAUCAUCUAUCGCAACUUGUACCGUGAUGGAUCCGCUGUCAGCGUCAUUGACCCAAAGAAGGAUUGGUCUGCUAACUUCUCCUCCAUGCUUGGAUAUGAUGACCCACUUUUCGCCGAGCUCAUGAGACUUUACCUCGUUAUCCACUCCGACCACGAAGGAGGAAACGUGUCAGCUCAUACUUCCCAUCUCGUUGGAUCGGCUCUUUCUGAUCCAUACCUUUCCUUCUCCGCCGCAAUGGCUGGACUCGCUGGACCACUCCACGGAUUGGCUAACCAAGAAGUUCUCGUUUUCUUGAACAAGAUCGUUGGAGAAAUUGGAUUCAAUUAUACCGAAGAGCAACUUAAGGAAUGGGUGUGGAAGCACUUGAAGAGUGGACAAGUUGUUCCAGGAUACGGACAUGCCGUUCUCAGAAAGACCGAUCCAAGAUACGAAUGCCAACGUGAAUUCGCCCUCAAGCACUUGCCAAAUGACGAUCUUUUCAAGCUGGUCUCAACUCUUUAUAAGAUUACUCCAGGAAUUCUUCUUGAGCAAGGAAAAGCCAAGAACCCAUGGCCAAAUGUUGAUUCUCACUCCGGUGUGCUUCUACAAUACUUCGGAAUGACUGAAAUGUCCUUCUACACUGUCCUCUUCGGAGUUUCGCGAGCCCUCGGAUGCCUCUCACAAUUGAUCUGGGCCAGAGGAAUGGGACUCCCACUUGAACGCCCGAAGUCCCACUCGACCGAAGGACUUAUCAAGCUCGCUCUCGCCGCCAAGAAAUAA